AUGCCUGAAGGGUCCCCUGGCGAAGUCCAUGGUCAGAUGGAUGCAUAUAUUGGGUUAGGCCUCAGUCUUGAGACCAUGGCUGGCCUGGAAGGUGGGACGAUCGCCCCAGCCCUCCUUGACGACUCUAUAAUGGGUAGGGACCUUUCCGCUUCCCGCGCUGUUGUUGCUACCGCUGGAGGACUUGUUAGAUGA